AUGGCGAACCGCGGCGCAACAUGGGACCCCGAUGUCCACACCAUCCGUGAUCUGAUGGUGUUGGGCAGCAAGAAGCUCCCCAAGAUGUACAGGGACUACUACAACGAGGGCGCAAUGGACCUCGUAACACUGAAAGAUAACGAAGAGGCAUACAACCGAUACAAGAUCAUGCCGCGUAUUCUUGUCAAUGUCGACAACAUCGACAUGUCUACCUCGAUAUUCGGAGCCAGGGUUUCUUUUCCCCUGGGCUUCAGUCCCGCUGCGAUGCACAAGAUGGCACACCCAGAAGGCGAACUCGGAACGUCGCGUGCGGCAGCAAAGAUGAACGUCUGCAUGGCACUUUCUUCCUACGCCACCGAGUCGAUGGAGAAUGUCGCAGCUGAAGGCACCGGAAACCCAUACGUGAUGCAGUUGUGUGUGCUCAGGGACCGAGAAACCACUCUGCAAAUCCUGAGGAGAGCUGAAGCAUCUGGAUACAAAGCCAUCUUCCUCUCUGUCGAUACCCCGCUGCUAGGCCGUCGACUGAACGAAUACCGAAACAACUUUUGUCUACCCGAAGGCAUCGAAUGGCCCAACCUGUUGUCCGAUGGAAAGAGCGAAUUGAGCGGUGACGAUAAGGACGGCCAGUCAGCAAACCGACAUGACUUUGACCCUUCGCUUGACUGGGACUCGGCGAUUCCCUGGCUCAAGAAGCACACCAAACUCCAACUAUGGCUUAAGGGUGUCUACACCCCCGACGACGUCGCCCUUGCAAUCCGACACGGCCUCGACGGUGUCAUCAUCUCGAAUCACGGUGGCAGGCAGUUGGAUGGUGUCCCCGCUACCCUAGAUGCUCUGCGAAUCUGCGCACCGGUGGCAGCUGGCAAGAUUCCAAUUGCGGUCGAUGGUGGUAUUCGUCGGGGCACCGACAUCUUCAAGGCGCUCGCCCUCGGCGCGUCACAUUGCUUUGUCGGAAGAAUCCCCAUUUGGGGGUUGGCCUACAACGGGCAAGAAGGUGUUGAGCUGGCGCUUAAAAUCCUCCAGUAUGAGCUCAAGGUUGCUAUGGCUCUCGCAGGAACUCGAACCAUUUCUGAAAUCUCGAGGGGUCACGUAGCAUAUCUGAACGGUAGCGGGGUGUUGGCGAAGCUCUAG